GACCAGUUAGUGAGUUAGCGAGGGUUAGGUCAUUCAUUCGGUCCCUCAUUCAGUCUUAGUAGAGCAGAGCAUGGCACUUGUUUGCAGGUUCUAUCCUAUGGGAGUCUGCCCUCUUUCAUAAUUUCUCAGCUUUUAUCUGAAUUUCUACCGAGGAUUUUUACCCCUUUUGGAUUUACAAUCAUGAGUUUGCCUGGUCAUCUUACAGGUGUGUCGACGAUGCGAGCUAGUCAAGAUGUCUACGUGGCUGACCUAGCUCACCAAGUCAACAAUAGUGUGACUCUACAGUGCAAUUGUGAUGACUAUAGCUGUGAAGGGACCAAUCGCUGUGAAGCACUUCGGAAAUGUUUCUCAUCAAUAACAGAAGUAGAUGGCAUCAUCAUGAAGAGAAUGGGAUGUGUGAAUACAGAAGAACAGUUCAACAUGUUUUGUAAGAUGCAUCCUUAUCCAGACAUCUCUGUGUUGUGCUGUAAUCGUUCCUUCUGUAAUAAUGAUCUACAACCAACGUUCUUACCAACGACAACACCUCGUAUCACAGAAGAACUUGGUCAAAAGGUCCCUUACAAUGUGACCUACACAGUCCUGGGUGUGGUGGGACCAUUGAUAGCCUGUCUCAUUGCACUGACCAUUGCUGCAUACUGCUUCAAACGUCGUCAUCAGCAACGUAUGGAUGAGCUAAGCCAUCAGGAAGCUCAGUAUAGACAGGCUCAUGAUAUCAGGGCUGUCCCUGCAGGAGAUAGUACAUUAAAGGACCUGUUUGAUCAUUCUAAUACAUCUGGCAGCGGAUCUGGGCUUCCCUACCUGGUGCAGAGGACAGUAGCCAGACAGAUCAACCUGCUUCAACAAGUCGGUAAGGGACGAUACGGUGAGGUAUGGAUGGGUACAUGGCAAGGUGACACUGUAGCCGUCAAGAUCUUCAGUUCCAUUGAUGAGAAAUCCUGGUUCCGUGAGACAGAGAUCUACAACACCGUCAUGCUUCGACAUGAGAACAUCUUAGCCUUCUUUGCAUCAGACAUGACCUCACGUCAAUCCUGCACUCAACUCUGGCUUAUCAUGGAGUACCAUGAACGGGGCUCCCUCUACGACUACCUCAACCGUCAUGUGCUUGAUGCAAGGCAGAUGUGUCGCCUGGCGCUGACGGCCUGCAGCGGUCUUGUUCAUCUUCAUACCGAGAUCACAUGCAACAACAGCAAACCUGCCAUCGCUCAUAGAGACAUCAAAACCAAAAAUAUUCUUGUCAAGAGGAACUUAACGUGUUGCAUCGCCGACUUGGGAUUGGCGGUCCUGCACACGCAGAGGGAGGAUAAUAUUGAUAUGGGAACGAACACUAGGGUUGGGACAAAGAGGUACAUGGCACCGGAGCUACUGGAGGAAACCAUGGAUGUCAGGUGCUUUGAAUCAUUCAAGAGGGUCGAUGUAUAUGCAUUUGGCUUGGUCAUGUGGGAAAUUGCUAGGAGAUGCGAAGUAGGAGGUAUGGUAGCAGAUUACAAGCCUCCGUUCUUUGAGUAUGUACCCAGUGAUCCAAGCUUUGAUGAUAUGAGGAAAGUUGCUUGUAUUGAGAAACUCAGACCAAAUAUACCAAACAGAUGGACCAACAAUACAGUGUUAACAUCAAUGGCCAAGUUAAUGAAGGAAUGUUGGUGUCCUACCGCUUCAGCUCGACACACCUCACUCAGGGUUAAGAAGACUCUCAUGAAGAUCUCUGAAACAUGUCCCAAGCUAACUGAUCCUUAUCAUUGGGAAAGAUCAUCGCCUAAAACAUCAUUCAUACAUUCUACACUGUCACGAAGAUCUCUGAAACAUGUCCCAAGCUAACUGAUCCUUAUCAUUG